AUGGGAAAGCACCUUACUGUAAUACUGCUUCUGUUUCUAGGAGUUUCACUCCUGGCCAAUGCAGAAGGUUUCGUUGUCCACCCAGAUGAUCUGGGUGAUGAAGCACGCCUGUGGAGUUUGUACUUGAGAUGGCUUCACUCCUUCAACGUGUCAAGAACAGAGGACGAGAUGCGCAAGCGCUUCCAUGUGUUUGUCGAGAACGUGCGAUUCAUCGAGGAGUUCAACAAGAAGGGCUCUUCCUUCGAGCUUCAACUGAAUGCCUUUGGAGACCUCACAAACAAAGAGUUUCUAUUACUAUAUGCUGGAUUCAAACCAGAUCCUAAUGCCACGAACAACGUCACAGAGGUCUUUGAGCAUGGAACUGAUCAGUUCGUUCCUAAAUCUGUCGAUUGGAGGGCUCGCGGAGCAGUAACUCGCGUCAAGGAUCAACUAAAAUGUGGAUCUUGCUGGGCAUUCGCUGUAGUGGCUGCAAUUGAGGGCUUAAACAUGAUCAAAACUGGGAGAUUGGUUUCACUAUCAGAGCAAGAACUAGUUGAUUGCAAUCCCUACGCAAAGGGGUGCCAUGGUGGAGACCGCCGUAUGGCCAUUUACUUUGCUUCCAGAAUAGGUGGACUCACUGCAGAAACCAACUAUCCUUAUCGUGGCUACCAGUCUACUUGUCAAACUAACAGGCUGAAAGAUAUCGCUGCAAAGGUAAGGGGACUGGGAUUGGUGAGUCAAAAUAAUGAGUAUGCCCUCAUGCAAGCUGCUGCACGUCAACCCAUAACAGUUUCAGUUGAUGCGACUACAUGGCAAUUCUAUCACAAGGGUGUCUUCAAGGGGCCAUGCGGGCUUGGCCUCAACCAUGGAGUCACGAUUGUUGGAUAUGGAACCACAGUUGAAGGAACCAAGUAUUGGUUAGUGAAGAACUCGUGGGGAACUGGUUGGGGUGAGAACGGAUAUAUUCGAAUGUUACGCGAUGUAAGCCCUGAGGGGCUCUGUGGAAUCGCCAUGAUCCCAGCUUUUCCAGUGUAG